GGCUCGGGCGCGCGGCUUAGGCCCCAGGACAGUCACGCGACGGGGUCUGGUCCAAAAACCGCCUAAGUGCUCCGAUAACACCCAGGGACUCGCGUAUUUUUACAGCGCGUUUCUACUUCCAAGGUCUCGGCGUAAUCAUCUUAAUGAGCGUUACUGCUUGCAGGGCACAGUGGCUCACGCCUGUAAUCCCAGCACUUUGGAAGGCCAACGCAGGAGGAUCGCUUGAGCCCAGGAGUUUGAGACCAGCUUGGUGGGGGGAAUCAGAGCCUGUUUGUAUGCUUAUGGAAUUAUCCAGAAGUAAAAGGGGUGAAUGAUGUAGAGGAGAAGGAAGGGAUAACUGUGCCAUCUUUGAAAAGGCAACUGGAAAUGGGAUCCAGAGUAAAGUGGAGAGAACCAGGGAAGAUUCCAUUAAACUGGACCAGAAGCUUGAAAGAAGAGAAGUGGCUUAGUAAACAAGGAACAAACUAGCUAAGUAGAAAGGGGACUUUUAAAAUUUAAUUUUUAUUUCAAUAGGCUUUUGGGAACAGGUGGUGUUGGAUUAUAUGAAUAAGUUCUUUAGUGGUGAUAUCUGAUAUUUUGGUGCACCCAUCACCCGAGCAGUAUACACUGUAAACCAAUGUGUAGUCUUUUAUUCCUCAUCCCCACCCCCCGCCUUUCCCCUGAGUCCCCAAAGUCCACUGUAUCAUUCUUAUGCCUUUGUGUCCUCAUAGCGCAGCUCCCACUUAUGAGUGAGAACAUAUGCUGUUUGGUGUUUCCAUUCCUGAGUUACUUCACUUAGAAUAAUAGUCUCCAAUUCCAUCCAGGUUGCAGAAAUAAGAUAUGUGGAACGGAGUUAUGUAUCAAAACCCACUUUGAAGGAAGUGGUCAUAGUAAGUGCUACAAGAACACCCAUUGGAUCUUUUUUAGGCAGCCUUUCCUUGCUGCCAGCCACUAAGCUUGGUUCCAUUGCAAUUCAGGGAGCCAUUGAAAAGGCAGGGAUUCCAAAAGAAGAAGUGAAAGAAGCAUACAUGGGUAAUGUUCUACAAGGAGGUGAAGGACAAGCUCCUACAAGGCAGGCAGUAUUGGGUGCAGGCUUACCUAUUUCUACUCCAUGCACCACCAUAAACAAAGUUUGUGCUUCAGGAAUGAAAGCCAUCAUGAUGGCCUCUCAAAGUCUUAUGUGUGGACAUCAGGAUGUGAUGGUGGCAGGUGGGAUGGAGAGCAUGUCCAAUGUUCCAUAUGUAAUGAACAGAGGAUCAACACCAUAUGGUGGGGUAAAGCUUGAAGAUUUGAUUGUAAAAGACGGGCUAACUGAUGUCUACAAUAAAAUUCAUAUGGGCAGCUGUGCUGAGAAUACAGCAAAGAAGCUGAAUAUUGCACGAAAUGAACAGGACGCUUAUGCUAUUAAUUCUUAUACCAGAAGUAAAGCAGCAUGGGAAGCUGGGAAAUUUGGAAAUGAAGUUAUUCCUGUCACAGUUACAGUAAAAGGUCAACCAGAUGUAGUGGUGAAAGAAGAUGAAGAAUAUAAACGUGUUGAUUUUAGCAAAGUUCCAAAGCUGAAGACAGUUUUCCAGAAAGAAAAUGGCACAGUAACAGCUGCCAAUGCCAGUACACUGAAUGAUGGAGCAGCUGCUCUGGUUCUCAUGACGGCAGAUGCAGCAAAGAGGCUCAAUGUUACACCACUGGCAAGAAUAGUAGCAUUUGCUGACGCUGCUGUAGAACCUAUUGAUUUUCCAAUUGCUCCUGUAUAUGCUGCAUCUAUGGUUCUUAAAGAUGUGGGAUUGAAAAAAGAAGAUAUUGCAAUGUGGGAAGUAAAUGAAGCCUUUAGUCUGGUUGUACUAGCAAACAUUAAAAUGUUGGAGAUUGAUCCCCAAAAAGUGAAUAUCAAUGGAGGAGCUGUUUCUCUGGGACAUCCAAUUGGGAUGUCUGGAGCCAGGAUUGUUGGUCAUUUGACUCAUGCCUUGAAGCAAGGAGAAUACGGUCUUGCCAGUAUUUGCAAUGGAGGAGGAGGUGCUUCUGCCAUGCUAAUUCAGAAGCUGUAGACAACCUCUGCUAUUUAAGGAGACAACCCUAUGUGACCAGAAGGCCUGCUGUAAUCAGUGUGACUACUGUGGGUCAGCUUAUAUUCAGAUAAGCUGUUUCAUUUUUUAUUAUUUUCUAUGUUAACUUUUAAAAAUCAAAAUGAUGAAAUCCCAAAACAUUUUGAAAUUAAAAAUAAAUUUCUUCUGCUUUUUUCUUGGUAA